ACGGAGAAUCCCUCCUAAUUCCGCAGCCCUUGGAAGCCUCCGGGGCCCAGCCCACGCUUUAUAGCGGGUACCAUGUUCACAUCCUCUCGUCACGCCUACUCCAUCUUCCUCCCGCGCCGUCCCUCUAAUACCCUCUUCGUCUCUUCCGUUCCUUUCUUCCCUCCCUAUAAAUUAGGCUAUAUUGAUCAAUCACCCACCAAGACCAGAAUACCAUCAUCUCGUUUCAAACACACGAACUUUUCUCGCUCACGCUUUCUCUCUCCCCAUUCUCUCUCCUCAAACAAAGGAAUGGGGUCGCUAUCUGCAACAGACGACGUGGCAUUGAAGUACCCGGUCGUGCGGAGGGACGACUCCGUCGUCGAUGACUAUCAUGGCGUCUCCGUUUCCGAUCCCUAUCGAUGGCUUGAGGAUCCUGAGGCGGAGGAGGUUAAGGAUUUCGUACAAAAGCAGGUGAAACUGACAGAAUCGGUGCUUGAGAAGUGUGAGACGAGGGAAAAGCUUUGCGAGAAGAUUACUAAGCUCUUCGAUCACCCCCGUUAUAAUGCACCGUUCAGACGAGGGGACAAGUACUUUUACUUCCAUAAUACUGGCCUGCAAUCCCAAAAUAUCCUUUAUGUGCAGGAUAGUUUAAAUGGGGAACCAGAGGUUUUACUUGAUCCUAAUGGACUUAGUGAGGAUGGAACAGUUUCAUUGAACACUUUUGCUGUUAGCGAAGAUGCUAAGUACUUGGCAUAUGGGCUUAGUUCAAGUGGAAGUGACUGGGUCACUAUUAAAGUCACGAGGGUUGAUAAUAAAAGUGUGGAGCCUGAUACCCUGUCAUGGGUUAAGUUUUCAGGUGUUAGCUGGACCCAUGAUGGCAAAGGGUUUUUUUAUAGCCGCUACCCAGCUCCCAAGGAUGGGGAAAAUGUAGAUGCUGGUACCGAGACCAAUGUUAACUUAAAUCAGGAGGUGUACUAUCAUUUCUUGGGUACCAAUCAAUCUGAAGAUAUUUUAUGUUGGAGAGAUCCUGAUAAUCCAAAGUACGCACAUGGAGCUUCAGUUACAGAUGAUGGGAAGUAUCUUCUUUUGACCAUUGCGGAGAGUUGUGAACCAGUUAAUAAAGUUUAUUACUGUGACAUGUCGGCACUUAGUAAUGGGCUUGAAGGUCACAGGGGGAGAAAGGAUCUGCUUCCCUUUGUUAAGCUUAUUGACAAUUUUGAUGCAGAGUAUGAUGUUAUAGCAAAUGACGAUACUCUCUUUACCUUUCGGACUAACAAGGAUGCUCCCAAAUAUAAGUUGGUCCGGGUAGAUCUCAAGGAACCAAGUACUUGGAGGGAGAUCCUUCAAGAAGCCGAAAAGGAUGUGCUUGAAUCAGCUGUUGCCGUGAAUGAUAAUCAAGUUCUAGUGAGUUACUUGAGCGAUGUGAAGUAUGUUCUGCAGUUGAGAGACUUGAAAACGGGCGCCCUUAUACAGAAUUUGCCUAUGGACAUUGGCACAGUUUCUGAGAUUUCUGCUAGGCGCAAAGAUAGUAUAGCUUUUAUUGGGUUUACUAGCUUCCUUUCCCCUGGUAUUAUAUAUCAGUGCAACUUGGACACCGGUGUUCCGGAUAUGAAGAUUUUCAGAGAAAUUGUUGUUCCUGGAUUUGAUCGUACAGCUUUCAAUGUGAAUCAGGUUUUCGUACCUAGUAAGGAUGGAACCCAGAUACCCAUGUUCAUAGUGGCCAGAAAGGAUAUUCUUCUGGAUGGAUCACAUCCUUGUUUGUUAUAUGCAUAUGGUGGAUUUAACAUUAGUAUUACACCCUCUUUCAGUGUCAGCCGUAUUGUGCUUGCAAAACAUUUAGAUACUAUAUUCUGCAUAGCAAACAUUCGUGGUGGUGGAGAGUAUGGAGAAGAAUGGCAUAAAGCUGGUUCCCUAGCGAAAAAGCAGAAUUGUUUUGAUGACUUCAUUUCUGCUGCUGAAUUCCUUGUAUCAGCUGGUUAUACUCAAUCCAGAAAAUUGUGUAUUGAAGGUGGAAGCAACGGUGGCCUUCUUAUUGGGGCUUGUAUUAAUCAGAGACCUGAUCUGUUUGGCUGUGCUCUUGCUCAUGUUGGUGUCAUGGACAUGCUUAGGUUUCACAAGUUUACCAUAGGUCAUGCAUGGACUUCUGACUUUGGAUGCUCAGAGAAGGAGGAAGAGUUCCACUGGUUGAUCAAGUACUCGCCACUACACAAUGUUAGGAGACCAUGGGAACAAUCUCCUGAUCAGUCUUCUCAGUACCCAUCUACCAUGCUACUUACAGCUGAUCAUGACGAUCGGGUUGUACCAUUACACUCAUUAAAGCUAUUAGCGACUAUGCAAUAUGUCUUGUGCACAAGCUUGGAUAAAAGCCCUCAAACAAACCCAAUUAUUGGCCGCAUUGAAUGUAAGGCUGGGCAUGGAGCUGGACGCCCCACUCAAAAACUGAUUGAUGAAGCUGCAGACCGCUAUGCCUUCAUGGCUAAGAUGUUGGGUGCAUCUUGGAGUGAUUAGGUGAUGGCGGUAUAAAUAUCAUUCUGCAUGAUUUUAUUUGAUAAAGACCCAUAGAAUAUCCGGUGGUUAAGAUUUAUUUUCGUAAGUUUGUUGGAAGAAAUAAAAUAAAAAUCCUUGAAUACGAUUAUGGGCAAACAAACCAGGCAUUUAGUGUUAGUCUUUCCAAAUAUAGUGUUUUGUUUUUGUUUGUUUGUUUUUAUUUUAUUUUACAAUUUGAUGGGUUUUGUUCUUUCCUCGUGGGAUGGUUGUAAACUUGUAAUUAUGAAUGUUUAGCAACCCUAAUCGCUGGUAGUAUACAUUUGCAUUAAAUUAUAA